AUGUUAGCGGUGGGGGCGAUGGAGGGCACCCGGCAGAGCGCGUUCCUGCUCAGCAGCCCGCCCCUGGCCGCCCUCCACAGCAUGGCCGAAAUGAAGACCCCGCUGUACCCCGCCGCGUACCCCCCGCUGCCCGCCGGUCCCCCCUCCUCCUCGUCCUCCUCCUCCUCCUCGUCGUCGCCGUCGCCGCCUUUGGGCGCCCACAACCCGGGCGGCCUGAAGCCCCCGGCCGCGGGGGGGCUCUCGUCUCUGGGCAGCCCCCCGCAGCAGCUCUCCGCCGCCACCCCACACGGCAUCAACGACAUCCUGAGCCGGCCCUCCAUGCCCGUGGCCUCGGGGACCGCGCUGCCCUCGGCUUCGCCCUCCGGUUCCUCUUCCUCCUCUUCCUCGUCCACCUCGGCUUCUUCCGCCUCGGCCGCCGCCGCCGCCGCCGCCGCGGCCGCCGCCGCCGCCGCCUCCUCCCCGGCGGGGCUGCUGGCCGGCCUGCCCCGCUUCAGCAGCCUGAGCCCGCCGCCGCCGCCGCCCGGGCUCUAUUUCAGCCCCAGUGCCGCCGCCGUGGCCGCCGUGGGUCGGUACCCCAAGCCGCUGGCCGAGCUGCCCGGCCGGACGCCCAUCUUCUGGCCAGGAGUGAUGCAGAGCCCGCCCUGGAGGGACGCGCGCCUGGCCUGCACCCCCCAUCAAGGAUCCAUUUUGCUGGACAAAGACGGGAAGAGAAAACACACGAGACCCACGUUCUCGGGACAGCAGAUCUUCGCUCUGGAGAAGACUUUCGAACAAACGAAAUACUUGGCGGGGCCCGAGAGGGCUCGCUUGGCUUAUUCUUUGGGGAUGACGGAGAGUCAGGUCAAGGUCUGGUUCCAGAACCGCCGGACCAAGUGGAGGAAGAAGCACGCGGCGGAGAUGGCCACGGCCAAGAAGAAGCAGGACUCGGAGACCGAGCGGCUCAAAGGGGCCUCGGAGAACGAGGAGGAGGACGACGACUACAACAAGCCCCUGGACCCCAACUCGGACGACGAGAAAAUCACGCAGCUGCUGAAGAAGCACAAGUCCGGCGGCGGCGGCGGCCUCCUGCUGCACGCGUCCGAGGCCGAGGGCUCGUCCUGA